AUAACAAAACAGUAACAGUCUCUCCAACAGAUCCAUUUCUCUCUCUCUCUCUCUCUCUCUCUCUCUCUCAAAAACUGUACGGACUCUCUGACUCUCAAACUGGCAAGCAAUGGGUGUAUACCUCAGCACCCCGAAAACUGAAAAGUUCUCAGAUGAUGGUGAAAAUGACAGGCUUCGAUUUGGAUUGUCCUCCAUGCAAGGAUGGCGUGCAACGAUGGAGGAUGCUCAUGCAGCUUAUCCAGAUCUGGAUCGCUCGACGUCCUUUUUUGGUGUUUAUGAUGGUCAUGGAGGUAAAGCAGUGGCUAAGUUUUGCGCCAAGUAUCUCCAUCAACAGGUGCUCAAGCAUGAGGCAUAUUUAGCUGGAGAUAUAGGGACUUCAGUACAGAAAUCUUUUCUCAGAAUGGAUGAGAUGAUGCGUGGACAAAGGGGAUGGAGAGAAUUAGCAAUCCUGGGAGAUAAAAUGGACAAGGUUUCGGGCCUCAUUGAAGGGCUCAUAUGGUCUCCUAGGGGUGGUGAAGCUAAUAACCAUUUUGAUGAUUGGCGUUCUGAGGAGGGCCCUCACUCUGAUUUUCAUGGACCUACUUCUGGAAGCACAGCCUGUGUUGCAAUCAUUCGAAACAACCAACUUGUUGUUGCUAAUGCUGGUGAUUCUCGUUGUGUAAUAUCCAGAAAGAGCCAGGCGUAUAAUUUGUCUAAAGAUCACAAGCCUGACCUUGAGGUGGAGAAAGAUAGGAUUCUGAAAGCUGGUGGUUUUAUUCAAGUGGGACGUGUCAACGGAAGUUUAAACUUGGCCAGGGCUAUUGGAGAUGCGGAGUUCAAACAGAACAAAACUCUGCCAGCAGAAAAACAAGUUGUAACAGCUAAUCCAGACAUUAACACUGUUGAGCUUUGCGAUGAUGAUGAGUUUCUUGUUUUAGCUUGCGAUGGGAUUUGGGAUUGUAUGUCAAGUCAACAACUAGUGGAUUUUGUAGGAGAGCAGUUAAAAAAUGAAUCUAAACUGUCAGCGAUCUGUGAGAGAGUAUUUGACAGGUGUUUGGCUCCAACAGCCGGUGGUGAGGGAUGUGAUAACAUGACGAUGAUCCUUGUUCAGUUCAAAAAACCUGCUGGUUCUGGUACUUCUUCAGAGCAGCAGCCACCAACAUUGACCGAUCAAACGCCCGCGCCCGAGACAGAUAAAAGCACAUUAGAGUCUGGAUCUUAAGAAGCAUUAGCUGCUUUCGUUGAUCAAAUUACCACCCAUUUUCUUGAAAGCUGUAAGCAAAAGAAUUGUGGUGCACUCUAAAUUUUCACAUGUAGCAAGUGAUUUCUGGUGAUGCUAUUGUAUAUGUUGGAAGGUUUUUAAUUGAAUAGCUCAGCUAUUAAGAGUUUCUGUACAUGUUUUAGUUUUUGUGCUUAA